UAAACACCUUGUUAGCUCUGCAAAGCUUUGACAACGAAGGAAAGAGGUGUUCAUGUAAAAAUUUACGAAGGACAGUGAAAAAAAAAACAGAAAAACAAUGUUGAGCCUUUGCCGUCAAGCGUUAAUAGCUAACACUCAAAAAGUUAGUACAAGGUGUCUGGGAACAAUUGUACCAGUAUCCAAUCCCCCUGAAUUCUCAUUGGAAAAUGAACCUAUUCUUAGUUACACGAAGGGUAGCCCUGAGAGGGCUGAAUUGGAAAAGGUCUUGGACAAAAUGGCUAACGAAUGCGAAGAAAUACCAUUAGUCAUUGGAAAUGAAGAAAUUAAAACUGAUUUAUGUAGAUACCAAGUUAUGCCACAUAAUCACAAAGCGAAAAUAGCUAAAUAUUAUUGGGCAACACAAGAUCUAGUCAAGAAGGCAAUAGACGUUGCUGUGAAAGCACAACGUGAAUGGGAAAAGUGCCCAAUCGAGAAACGUUUAGAGAUUUGGUUGAGGGCAGCUGAUCUCAUGGCAAAGAAAUACAGACAACAAUUGAAUGCUGCCACUAUGCUUGGCCAGAGUAAAACAGUUAUUCAAGCAGAGAUUGAUAGUGCGGCGGAAUUAAUUGAUUUCUUUAAAAUGCAUGCAUACUUUGCUAAAGAUUCUCUUAAGUACAAACCAAUUUCCCCGAAUUGUAAGGAAACUUUGAAUUCGAUGAGGUACCGUGGAAUGGACGGUUUUAUUGCAGCUGUAUCACCGUUCAACUUCACUGCCAUUGGUGGUAAUCUUAGCUACACACCUGCUCUAAUGGGAAAUGCAGUUCUCUGGAAACCAUCCGAUACAGCUUUACUCUCUAAUUGGUGGAUAUUCAAGAUAUGUAGAGAAGCUGGUGUACCACCCGGUGUAGUCAAUUUUGUACCAUGUGAAGGUCCUGUUUUUGGUGACACUAUAACUGCCUCGCCCUAUUUGUCUGGAAUUAAUUUCACUGGAUCAGUGCCAACGUUUAAUCGUUUAUGGAUGCAAGUCGGUCAGAAUUUGGGAAAGUAUAAAAAUUAUCCCAAAUUAAUAGGUGAAUGUGGCGGGAAAAAUUACCAUUUUGUACACCCAAGCGCUGAUUGGGAAUCAGUCGUUAACGGGUCCAUAAAGAGUGCUUUUGAAUUCAAUGGUCAAAAGUGUUCUGCUUGCAGUCGAAUGUACGUGCCAGAAUCUUUAUGGCCUAAGAUAAAAGAAGAACUUUUAUCUAUUCGUGACAAACUGAAAAUCGGUGAUGUCAGAGAUUUUACUAUGUUCACCGGAGCCGUCAUAGAUGCUACUGCAUUUAAGAGGAUUUCAGGUUAUAUUGAACACGCGAAGAAGUCAUCGAAUUUAGAAAUCAUUGGCGGUGGAAAAUACGACGAUUCGCGUGGCUAUUUCAUUGACCCCACAAUAGUGGUGACCAAGAAUCCAAAAGAUAAGAUUAUGACGGAGGAAAUAUUUGGCCCCGUGCUGACAAUCUACGUUUACAAAGACUCAGCUCUAGAUGAAACGAUGAAACUUGUAGAAUCAUCGACACCGUAUGCUUUAACCGGCUCGAUAUUUGCACAAGACGAACAUUGGGCGAGAAAGGCACUCGAAGAGUUCAAGUAUACAGCUGGUAAUUUUUAUGUUAAUGACAAAUCGACGGGAUCGGUUGUCGGCCAACAACCGUUUGGUGGUAGUCGAAUGUCUGGUACAAACGACAAAGCUGGCGGUCCUCACUAUGUUCUUCGCUGGGCAUCGCCGCAGUCGAUUAAAGAAACAUUCGUUCCAUUACGUGGACACGAUUAUCCGUACAUGAAAUCUUAGGUGUAAGUUAACAGAAUGUGUGUUAACAGUAAUGAAUUGGAUAUGUACAUACGUACUGUGCAGCAGUAUCCUCUAUC